AUGGCCAAGGACAAGUCUGCCCCCAAGAUCGACAAGAAGGAGAAGAAGGACAAGAAGGCUGCGCCUGUCAAGGAGGUCAAGGCCAAGGAGGUGAAGAAGGUCGCGGACAAGAAGGAGAAGAAGGAGAAGAAGUCUAAGAAGGCCAAGACCCCCACCCCCGAGCCCGAGUCGUCGAGCGAGGAGAGCGAGAGCGAGGACGAGUCCUCGGACUCUGAGUCGGAGGAGGAGAAGCCCGCUGCUAAGCCCGCCGCCCAGGCCGAGUCGUCGGAGUCUGCCACUUCGUCGUCGUCGUCGUCUUCGGACUCUGACUCUGGCUCUGGCUCUGACUCUGACUCUGACUCUUCGGACGAGGACGCCGCCGCCGAGCAGGUCCAGCUUGACAAGGAGGAGGCCGAGAUCAAGGAGGGCAAGCCCCCCGUCGACUCUGACUCGUCGUCAGACUCUUCCGACUCCGACUCCGACUCCGACUCCGACUCCGACUCUGACGAGUCCAAGGAGGAGCCCGCCGCCGCCGCCACCAGCAGCAAGCGCAAGGCCGAGGAGGACGCCGUGGCCCCCGCCAAGAAGGCCAAGGUCGCCGAGGAGGGUGACGAGGAGACCUCGACCAACGUCUACGUCGGUGGUCUCUCGUGGAACAUUGACAACGACUGGCUCCGCUCCGAGUUUGAGAAGUGUGGCGAGAUCGUCGAUGCGCGCGUCAUGCUUGACCGCGAGACCGGCAAGUCGCGUGGCUUUGGUUACGUCGAGUUUACCGACCUUGAGGGUUCGGCCAAGGCCUGCGCCGAGAUGAACGGCGCUGAGAUUGACGGCCGCUGGCUCAAGGUCAACUACGCCGUCAAGCGUGACCAGACUGCUUCGCGCGCCAAGGCGUUCAACGACAAGCAGUCGGCCCCUGCCGAGACUCUGUGGAUCGGCUCGCUCUCAUUCGACAUCACCGAGGACCAGGUGUACGAGGCCUUUGGCGAGCACGGCGACGUCCAGCGCGUCUCGCUCCCCACCGACCGUGACACCGGCGCCCCCAAGGGCUUUGGCUACGUCCAGUUCGCGACCGUCGACGAGGCGACUGCCGCCCUCACCACGCUCAACGGCUCUGAGCUUGCCGGCCGCCGCAUCCGCAUCGACUACGCCCCACCCAAGGACAACAACCGUGAGGGUGGUGGUGGUGGUGGCUUCGGCGGUGGCCGCGGUGGUGGCCGUGGUGGCUUCGGUGGCCGUGGCGGUGGCCGUGGUGGUGGCCGUGGUGGCUUUGGCGGCCGUGACGGCGGCUUCGGUGGCCGCGGCGGUGGCCGUGGUGGUGGCUUUGGUGGCCGUGGCGGUGGUGGCCGCGGCCGUGGCGGCCCUCCCCGUGGCGGCGCGCGCACCGGUGGUAUUGUCCAGGCCACCGGCACCAAGAUGUCGUUCGACUAA